AUUUCUCCUCCCAUUUUCAGACCAGCUUUAUACCCUGAGGCUCCAGGGGUUGGCUUUCACAUCACCCCAGCCUGAAUGAGGGCAGUUCAGGGCCCUGUUUGCAGCAGGACUGGACUUCUUACAGCCUGAGCAGCCUUUGUGGGCUCUUCUGAGGUAGACCCCCUUCUAAUAUUAGUAGGGUGUGAGAAGUGUGGUCACAUUGCCAGCCCUCCACUGCUCUAAGUGUAACAAACCAGCUCCAUUUGUCAUUCAGCUGUUGGCAACAGGAAACCACCAACAGCAACUCAACACACGGCAACAAGAAGAAUUAGGGUUUUCUCUUUCUGCGUGCUCCAAGGAUUGAAACUCAACAGAAGGAGCUGAUGGUCCCAGGCUGAUGAUCUGGAAGGGGGUUUUCAACUCUGGUGGACAGCUAAGAUCAAGUGGGGUAUGAUUUAAUCUGAACACAGGACUCUCAAGGAUGGGGUUGUUUGGCAGCAAAAAUCAGCUGAUGCCCAAUGAGAAACACACUUCUGGAGGCAACCCAAAAACCAAGGGCAAACCUCCUCCUGCCCCACCCAAGGGGAGACAAGUUAUCAACAGCCCUCAUCUAAACCAAGCCUCUGCACAAGAUCACUUGUUUGUGGUUGCACUGUACGAUUUUCCUGCCUCAAGUGACCGUGACCUGGAGCUGGUCAAAGGGGAGAAACUCCAGGUCCUCUCCAAAGAGGGGGACUGGUGGCUGGCAAAGUCCCUCAGCACUGGGAGGAAAGGAUACAUCCCCAGCAACUUCGUGGCACAAGUGGACAGUUUGGAAGAGGAAAAGUGGUAUUUUAGAACUCUGAGCAGAAAAGAUGCUGAAAGGCUGCUGCUGUCUUCUGGGAACAAAGUUGGCUCUUUCCUCGUCAGGGAGAGUGAAACCACCAAAGAUGCCUAUUCCCUGUCUGUGAGAGACAACAACUCUGCUCACGGGGACAUCAUCAAACACUACAGGAUCCGCUCCCUGGAUGGAGGGGGAUACUACAUCUCCCCCAGGAUGACUUUCUCCAGCCUGCCAGAGCUCAUCCAUCAUUACAGCCAGAAAGGGGAUGGGCUGUGCCAGCGCCUCACAGCUCCCUGCACAUCCCUGGUUCCCCAGAGACCCUGGGCCCAGGACGAGUGGGAGAUCCCUCGGGAGGCCCUGAAGCUUGUGAAGAAGCUGGGCAGUGGCCAGUUUGGGGAAGUGUGGAUGGGCUACUACAAGAACAACAUCAAGGUGGCUGUGAAGACCAUGAAGGAGGGCAGCAUGGAUCCUGAUGCCUUCCUGGCAGAGGCAAACCUGAUGAAGAAGCUGCAGCACAACAAACUGGUCCGACUGUACGCCGUGGUCACCAAGCAGCCCAUCUACAUUGUGACAGAGUACAUGGCCAAUGGAUGUUUGCUGGAUUUCCUGAAGACAGAAGAAGGAAGCCAACUGAAUCUCCCCAAACUCAUUGAUAUCUCUGCCCAGGUGGCAGAGGGCAUGGCCUACAUCGAGCGCAUGAACUUCAUCCACCGGGACCUGAGGGCUGCCAACAUCCUCGUCUCGGAGACGCUCUGCUGCAAAAUCGCCGAUUUCGGCCUGGCCAGGCUCAUUGAGAACGAGUACCUGGCACAGGAAGGUGCCAAAUUUCCCAUCAAAUGGACAGCUCCAGAGGCCAUUAACUAUGGGGUUUUCACCAUCAAAUCUGACGUGUGGUCAUUUGGGAUCCUCCUGACAGAGAUCAUCACCUUCGGCAGGAUCCCUUAUCCAGGAAUGACCAACCCGGAGGUGAUUCGCAACCUGGAGCGGGGUUACCGCAUGCCCUGCCCGGAGUCGUGUCCCGGGGAGCUUUACAGCAUCAUCCUCAAGUGCUGGCGCAGCAACCCCGAGGAGCGCCCCACCUUUGAGUACCUGCAGUCCGUGCUCGAGGACUUCUACACCUCCACGGAGAAGCAGUACGAGCCCGAGCCGCAGCAGUGAGCCACCGCCCCGCCAGCCCCUGGGGACAGCGCUGCAGGACAGCCACCACCCGCCGGUGGCUCGGUGCCCGCCUUUCCCUUCCUCCCGUCCGCCCGUGGAGAUGGGGAAUGAGGAGAGACACGAGGGAGGAGGAUGCUGCCGGCUCUGUGGCUGUCGCAAAGACUGAAGAGGUGGCUGAGAGGUGGCACAGCUCCUCGGAGGGCUGUGCCCAUCUGGCAGGCAUCACCUCUGGCGCGAAGGACAGAAAACUCCUUCGUGACCCACCAGGAUAGAGAAAAGCCCCUCAGCCGCGCAACUGCAGCUCCAGGAAGAGGGGUCCGUGGCUAGGGUGGUGGUGUGGGGGUGAAAAAUCACUGCCUCACUCUGCUGGCGAUGUUGCACCCCCUCCGUGCCGCGGGCAGGGCUGGCAGCGUGUCCUGUCCGCACCUCCUUGGGCCACACCAGCUCUGGAGCGUUUCUGCCGGGUGAUGCCCCCUCUCUGCCUCAAAUCAGUAAUAAAAAACUGGAUACGAGGA